ACACCUUACAUUUUAAGCAAGAAUUCAAUCACUACAUCAAAAAUGGCACAUCAACAAGUAUCCAUGGCCUUAGUCUUGAUUAUAGCCACCAUACUUUGGGCUGACGUUACCGCCCAAUCUAGCGAUUGCACGAAUGCGCUCAUCAGCAUGUCGCCCUGCCUCAACUACAUCUCCGGUAACUCUUCCACCCCGUCGUCCGCCUGCUGCACGCAGCUCGAUACAGCGGUCCGGUCCCAGCCGCAGUGCUUGUGUCAAGUGCUUAACGGUGGAGGCCCGAACUUAGGGAUCAGCAUCAACCAGACUCAAGCUCUGGCCCUGCCUAAGGCUUGCAACGUCCAAACUCCCCCUACUAGCCUAUGCAAUGCUGCUUCCCCAUCUGGGUCUCCUGCUUCAACACCCAAUACUCCCAACACAAGCUCAGGGGCUGGAUCAAAGACUGUGCCAUCAACUGGAGAUGGUGUUGGUACCUCGGAUGCAACUCCCACUAAGAUGACUGUCUCUGGGCUAUUUUUUCUUGGUCUCGUGGCAUCCUAUGUUUUAUUUUGAGGGUUUUGGGUUGGUUUCUUUCUAGGUCAAGGUUAUUAGUUGGAUUGUUGUUUAUUCAAACCAAUUCUUGUGGUCCGUCUUGAUUUUGAAGAGGGUUUUGUCUGUCGCUCUUCUAUUUAUUAUUAUUAUUAAUAAAAAUUAUUCUUUUAUAUAA